AUGCCGAUCCCCCCUGCGAUUUUGACGCCGGACCUCUCCACUCCGAAUGCGACGGUCUACCCUUCCCCGCUCCGCCAAACGCUUGGCCAGAGCGUCCAGUAUAUCAAGACGAGUACACCUCCACCUCUAAAUCCCCCAGAUAUCAAGGUGCCCUCGCCCACGACCAUCAUCGAGGCAUCGAAGCGCCUCGCCGCCUGGACAGCAGUGGAUAGGCAUGUACUGCCGGAGUGCAAGGUGAUAGGCAUUGGCUCCGGUUCAACUGUUCCCUAUGUUGUCGAGCGCAUUGUCGCGCAGGGGAAGGAAAUGAACAAAGAUCGUGUAUUCAUUCCGACAAGCUUCCAGUCCAAGGAGCUCAUCGUCAACGCCCAAUUGCUACUCGGAGACGUCGACCAAUACCCCGCUCUUGAUGUCACGGUUGACGGAGCAGACGAGGUCGAUGAGACCUUGAACUGUAUUAAGGGCGGAGGCGCCUGCCAUUUGCGCGAGAAGGUCCUUGCAGAAGCAGCCGAUACCUUCAUCGUCGUCGCUGACUACCGUAAGAACUCGGACGUUCUCGGCAAGAACUUCACACAAGGUGUCCCAAUCGAGGUUGCGCAGUUCGCUUAUGCGAAGGUGCUGCAGAAUGUGCAUCUGCUCGGCUCGCCAAAUGCCGUACUUCGGAUGGCCAAGUCGAAGGCAGGCCCAGUGGUGACGGACAACGGCAACUUCGUCAUCGACGCACCAUUCCCAGAGGAGAUGAUGAAGGACCCAUACACAUUGCUGAAGCGUCUGAAGAUGCUCACGGGUGUUGUCGAGGUCGGGCUUUUCUGCCACAUGGCUAAAGCUGCGUACUUCGGAAACCAGGAUGGAAGUGUGACAGUGAAGUGGCAUGAUGGACGCAUUGAGAGCGUAGACAGCGGGUCAAGUCCCAUUCCGAAGGCCAAUGAGAAUGGCAAAAACGGUAAGCACCACGCGCAUAAUGUACAAAUGAGAAAUGUAUCUAUACGUGAAAUGUAA